AUGGCGGCAAUGGGAGUUGUAGCAGCGUACACUCACAUCCACGUGACAGAGGUUUUCAGUUCAAAAUCAAUGGAGUUGAAAUGGGUAAGAACAAGAAUCACCAAAACCUCACACUUCAACAAGAACAAAGAAAAGAAUCUAUCAACACCCCUUCUCCCAGUUUACAUUUCCACCAACCCACGCCAUGUCGUUCCUCAACAACUCCAAGACCUCUGCUCCACUUGCAACCACUCUUUUCAGAGAUUUCCUGAUACCUCUGAACCCGUUGAUAUCAACAAACUCCGCAUUGCUCUUUCUCAUAGCGAUGUUCUUGUCUCUGUUUUUUGCAAACCUAAUAUUGUUGAUGAGUUGGGAAAAUCUUCUUUUUCUAUAGUUGAUUUUUUGUCACCGGUUUCUCCUUCCCGCGAUUUGUUGGUUGGAUUUGGCCGUGCUGUUUCUGAUUUUGGUCUCACUGCUUCUAUUUACGAUCUCAUGGUUAUUCCAUCCCUGCGGAGAAUGGGAAUUGGAAAAAUUAUUGUUAAAAAAAUUGUGAGAAUGCUUACGAAUAGAGACAUCUAUGACAUAGCAGCCCUUUGCUCAGAGGAUGAGAGGUUGUUUUUUAAGGCUUGUGGGUUUGCUGGCGACAUUUUGGACUCUACGACCAUGAUGUACACGAGAACAGCUUCAUCAGCAACCCAUGAAGGCGGGCAGGCUUUCACACGUGCAGGCCAAAAGCUGUUGUUGAUUCCACCUCUGAUCAAGAGACACUAA